AUGACAUUGUGGCACAAGGUGAAAUUUGAAACCGGCCACUGGGGCCUGAAACCCCAAGAUAAUCGCGAAGCCGUUCCGUUCUCCAUGUACAAGCACCAGGAACCCCAGAAUAUCCCUGUCGUCCGGCAAGAGGGAUUCCAUCUACCGACCCCUCCACCUUUUUCCCACUCUGGCACCGACACGAGUAACCACGAUUCCUCGAACUCCUCCUCAUCGCACCACAGUACGACGGGAUCGUCUGUCUUUGGGCUCGGGCACAGCGUCUUUCAUCCGGGCAAUCUCGAUCUCGACAGCGAGCUCGUGAGCCUGAUCCACUCAGGGAACAAUAACGAGGGCGGUCCACCCAAUCCUGGAACCGGUGAUUUUCGUCCCUCCAGUGUAGGGAGCUACCAUUCGCCUCCCCAUACCCACAACAUCUUCGAUAUCAGCGCCCCUCCGUUGCACCACGGACACUCGUACGGACACCAUAUGCAAGGAUCAGGAUCUGGCGCCGGCUCUUUUCCCUCCCAAUUUUCCCUACCAUCUGCAUCUACGACCAAUGGGAAUGGCCAAAACAACGGCCGGGACUCUUCCUCGCCUCCCGAUGGCCCGCUCACUCGCCAUUACAACUUCAACUCGACACUGCCGGCACUCAACAGCAGUAUGCGAUAUGAUCCACACCCCCCGUCUGCCAACGGGCUUCCGGGUACCACUUUUGCCUCGACACCGUCAAGCUAUCACUCCCCCAGUCCCCAUCGCCAUUCACAAUCGAGGAGCCGAAGCCGCAGCCGACCGCCUUCUUCCCAUCUUUCGGUCGGUUCGGUCGGACCGGGGCCCACGCGUAAUUCAAGAUCGCGCAGAACCGACUCAUUCGGAGCUGGCAGCCCACCGCCUCAUCAUCGGCCCGUGCCAGGAGCCAUUGUGAUACCCGGAGGAGCGGUCACACCUCGGCCAUCGUCUUCUGCAUCAUACUCGUGGUUCAGUGGAACUCCUGGAUCUGAUUUCCUGCCUUCCGGUCACUCACCCGUUGAUCCUGCCUCGCAUCCGUCCCUUCCGUCGCUCUCUUCGUCGAUCCAUUCGCCCAACUCGUCCUAUCUGGAUGGCAGCUCGUAUGGCAGUCCGGUGGAAACCAAGUUCGGUGGUCUAGGCAUCGGCAUGGGACUGAAUGGAAUGACCAAUCUGAACCUCGACAUCGGAGAUGGUGUUCCCGGAAGCUUCGGGAGCUUGAACGGAAUGGCCGUUCACGACGUCGCGCAGGAAACAAAACAGGAGCCCAAAGCGGCCCUCAUUGCAAACGAGAAGCGUCGCCGCCGGCGAGAAUCACACAACGCCGUUGAGCGUCGGAGAAGAGACAACAUAAACGAGCGCAUUUCUGAGUUGGCGACGCUCAUCCCCGAGUGUUUACUGGAAGUAGGGCCUGGCUCGAAACAGGACGGAGACGAAGAUGGAAAGGACGUUGCAGUGGCGAGCCCGGCGUCCAACGGUAAUAUGGAAGGCAUGACCACUGGUAAAGAUGGUGUCGUCAAAGCCAACAAAGGCAUGGUUCUCCGGAAGAGCGUCGAAUAUAUCCGAUACCUCCAGCAACUUGUCACUGCUCAGGGAGCACGUAACCGCGAGCUCGAACAACAGCUCCAGGGCUUCCGAGGAGGCUCCGAUGAUGAUGGUGCUACGCUGGACGACUUUCCCUCCGGGCUUGGUGACGGGGGCUGGGUGCAGUCUUUGGCUAGUAUGCCUGAAGACGAAGACGAAGACGGCAAACUCAGCGUUGGCGACGGGAUGGACGUCGAUGCUGCCAACGCAGACGAAGAAAACCGAGGUCGCCAAGCCACCAGAAGUGCUGGUCGGAAGAAACAGGCCGCCCAACGGACCAACGACGAAGGCGGCAGCGAGGACGAAAUGAGUGAUUGAGGCUUCUCAACAGCGAUUGAGGCCACUCGACAGUGAUUGAGGACACUCAAUUAAUGGAUACACGAGCCUUGUACAUCUAGUAUUUUCUGUUUCUGGUUACGAUUAAUUAAAGAUACAACUGAUGACUGCGUCACUGCAAAUCAAAG